CGGGGCCGCCGGCUCGGCCCCAGACCGGCCCCGCCAGCGCGCACUCGGCCCGGACGUGGGUUCGCUCAGGACCGUGGGGACCUCGGACUAGCCGCGCCCGAUCCUCGGAGCGGCGGCGGCGGCGGCUGUUGCUAAGGGAGGGGACGCGCCGGGAAGCGCGGCCCGAGCGGCAGACGACCCCGAGCGCGGCCGGCCGAGCGGCGCCCCCCCCUCCGAGAGCCCCCCCCGCGCCCGCCGCCCCGAAAGGAGCCGCGAGGGCAGUCCCCACCCGCGGAAGGCGCCCGGACGAGCCGCCGCGACCCCGGAGCGCCGCUCGGAUUUUUGAUUCCUGACUUGCCUUCCGUUCCCGGGACCUUCUCGACGGGGGCGCGCGCUGCCCCCCGCCCCCAGGGACCCCGAGGACCCGCGUGUGGGGAGCCCCCCGCCCUGCCCGGAGGCGCGGCGAGGAUUGGCGGCGCCCCGCGGACCCCAGCCCCCCAGCGCGGGCCGGGGAUGGAGCCGCAGCCCGGCGGCGCCCGGAGCUGCCGGCGCGGGGCCCCCGGCGGCGCCUGCGAGCUGGGCCCGGCGGCCGAGGCGGCGCCCAUGAGCCUGGCCAUCCACAGCACGACGGGCACCCGCUACGAGCUGUCGGUGCCCCCCGACGAGACGGUGGAGGGGCUGCGCAAGCGGCUGUCCCAGCGCCUCAAAGUGCCCAAGGAACGCCUGGCGCUGCUCCACAAAGACACCCGGCUCAGUUCGGGGAAGCUGCAGGAGUUCGGCGUGGGGGAUGGCAGCAAGCUGACGCUCGUCCCCACCGUGGAGGCUGGCCUCAUGUCUCAGGCCUCCCGGCCAGAACAGUCUGUGAUGCAGGCCCUGGAGAGUUUGACUGAGACGCAGCCCCCAGCGGCGCCCGGGCCGGGCCGGGCUGGCGGAGGCGGCUUCCGGAAAUAUCGAUUCAUUUUAUUUAAGCGUCCGUGGCACCGACAGGGACCCCAGAGCCCAGAGCGGGGCGGCGAGAGGCCCCAGGUCAGUGACUUCCUGUCGGGCCGCUCGCCGCUGACCCUGGCGCUGCGUGUGGGUGACCACAUGAUGUUCGUCCAGCUGCAGCUCGCCGCCCAGCACGCCCCACUGCAACACCGCCACGUACUGGCCGCCGCUGCAGCCGCCGCCGCCGCCCGCGGGGACCCCAGCAUCGCGGCCCCCGUGCCCUCUCCCUGCCGGCCAGUGUCCAGUGCUGCCCGCGUCCCCCCAGUGCCCACCAGCCCUGCCCCUGCGUCCCCCUCGCCUGUCACAGCUGGCUCCUUCCGAUCCCACUCGCCCUCCGCUGCCUGCCCUGAGCAGAUGGACUGUUCCCCUCCCGCCAGCGCCAGCCCCACAUCCACCCCCGGGGGCAGCCCCGCCUCCCGCUCACGCAAGCCGGGCGCUGUCAUCGAGAGCUUCGUGAACCACGCCCCCGGGGUCUUCUCCGGAACCUUCUCUGGCACGCUGCACCCCAACUGCCAGGACAGCAGCGGGCGGCCGCGACGCGACAUCGGCACCAUCCUGCAGAUCCUCAACGACCUCCUGAGCGCCACACGGCACUACCAGGGCAUGCCCCCGUCGCUGAGCCAGUUGCGCUGCCACGCCCAGUGCGCGCCCGCCUCGCCCGCCCCAGACCUCGCCCCCAAAACUACCUCCUGCGAGAAGCUGGCGGCCACGGCCCCGGCCUCCCUGAGCCAGGCCCGCGUCUGCAAGCCCCCCGGGGACCGGCUGCGGCAGACGGAGAACCGCGCCACCCGCUGCAAAGUAGAACGGCUGCAGCUACUGCUGCAGCAGAAGCGGCUCCGCAGGAAGGCCCGGCGCGACGCCCGGGGCCCCUACCACUGGCCGCCCAGCCGCAAGGCCGGCCGCAGCGACAGCAGCAGCGGCGGCGGGGGCGGCGGCCCCAGCGAGGCCGCGGGCCUGGGCCUCGACUUCGAGGACUCCGUCUGGAAGCCCGAAGUCAACCCCGACAUCAAGUCCGAGUUCGUGGUGGCCUAGGAACCGUGGCCCUCGCCCCAGCCCGGGUGGCCGCGCGCCUCGCCCAGCGCAGGACGGCAGGCGGUGGCGGUGGCGCAGCCGGAGGCUCCUCCCUCCCUGGCCGCCCUCCUUCUGGUUUUCUUUUUCAUUUCACUUCUUACCAUGGUUUCCCGAACUCUCUGUGGACUUGCGUUCCUGCCUCCUCGGUUCAGCUCACACUUCCCCCCACUUCCUCCGUCACCCCAUCCUCGCCUCCUGUCCCCGGCCUGCGCCCGCGCCGGGUCCCUCCCCGCCCACCUUCCCCAGCUCCAAAUAUGUAGCAGUCUUUCCAGAUGGUUCAGCGGAGACGAGGAAGCCGCCCCCAGCCCUUCCGCUCCGCCGCCCUGCCGCCCUCCCUCACCCUCUUCAGGUUUAAGUCGAACAUGUAGAUGCCUCAUUAUGCACUUUACAGCCGAGGGGAGGGGGCCGCGGGGAGGAGAGCCCCCUGCACCCCGGCCUGGGCUCCCACACCCCACUCUCGGGAACUGCAGGUGCACCCAACCGACCAGGGACUGUUCCUCUUCACGUCUGUCCUCUUUUCUCUUCUUGGUUUGUCAUUUCCACUUUCCUCUUUCCUGGAAAAGAAAAGGAAAAGCCCUUUCCGGGCAGAGGCUGGCCAGAGCCUGCUUGGGGUUCGGGUCGGGUGUGGGGCCCUUUCCUGGCAGGAAAGGGGGGCAGGGCGCAGGCCCGCCGCCAGCCUCCGCCGUCCGCGCACUGUGCGAUUUCCUCCGACGCUGCCCCUCCUUUCUGAGCUGGGGGUAUUUAUAGACUAUUAAUUUUCUGACUGAGCCAAUAGUGGUUGGGAAUCUGUUGAAACUUCGGGAGAGAAUUGGCUGGGGGCCGGGGGAGAUGCCCCCAGCCCUCCUCCCGGCCCAACCUGAGGGAUCUGGGCCUGUGGACUGUCUGGGGGCCCUCGGCCCGGCCGCCGGGAGCAGGGGGUGCUGAGCUGUGAAACCCCCGGCAGGGGCCACACUGUGUAGCAUUAACCCCCCGUGGGGGGGGUUCGCUGCUGGUCUAAUUUGGACCCUCCCCCACUCAUGCCCAUGGUCCCCAGGGCAGAGGGACAGACCCCCUACUGGGGCCAUUUCAGUGGGGGUGGAGUUUUUUUGUUUUUUUUUUUCAUUCACUUUUAUUUUUUACUGAUAAUGGAGAUGUUUGGGCCCUGCCCCCCACCUGUCAAGUCUUGUCCUGGCCCCACCUGUCUGUCCUGCGCGACACCCCCCACGCCCUGCCUGUCCCCCUCCCCAUCCUACUCGUAGGUGAACCCAGGUCCUCACCCCCCCACCCAUUAUAUGUUAAUGGUUUCAGAUGUGAACAUCAUGUGUUAACUGUAGCUCUGUAAAUUUUUUUGUGGGAGGGGUGGGCAGGGAGGGGUCAGAGGGUAGGGGUCAAGGAUUUGUUUUUUUUGUUUUUGUUUUCAAAAAAAAAAAAAAAGAAAAAAGAGGCGGGUUUGUUUUUGAAGAACUGUCUUGGAGAUCUAUUUAAAUGUGUGUUCUGUUUUUUUAACGAUUUUUAAAUAACGUCUGUGCCUCCGUGGGUCCAAGGGUGGAGGCCCCAGGCAGGAACCGGCCCGACCCCCUCUGCCCUCCCCAGGGCCCCCUCCCCCAAGAAAGCAUUACCCGCCCCCAGGGGUCGGGCUGUGGGGUGUCCCGGCACCUUGCGUGAGUUUACUGUGUGAAAACAUAAAAUUGGAAAAGAAAAAAACGUUCAGCGACACCGUGAUUUCAAAAGGAAUAAACAGAAAAUGAAACUCAA